AUGAACGGACACGCGGCGGAGGGCGCCAAGGCCGCGGGGCCGCCGCUGCCGCUCCGGGACGAGUUCGUGGUGCCGACGAUGCGGGAGGUGAAGGCGAGCAAGGUCGCGGUCGAGCUCGCGGACGCGGGGUGCACGUACAUGUGCGGGAACUCGCUCGGGCUCAUGUCCAAGCGCACGAAGCAGCUCGUCGAGGAGGAGCUCGCGGUGUGGGCGACCAGAGGCGUCGAGGGCCACUUCGACCACCCGCACGGGCGCAACUGGAAGGACAUCGCGGACCUCGUCACCCCGCACUUUGCGCAGAUCGUCGGCGCGAAGGAGUCCGAGGUCGCGUGCAUGGGCACCCUCACCGCGAACCUCCACCUGAUGAUCAACUCGUUCUACAAGCCGACGAGGGAGCGCUACCGCAUCCUCUGCGAAGACCACGCCUUCCCCUCUGACCAGUACGCGUUCGCGACCCAAGUCGCCGCGCACGGCUUCGACCCCGACGACGCCGUGCUCGCGCUCGCCCCGCGUCCGGGCGAGUUCACGCUCCGGACGGAGGACAUCCUCCGCACGCUCGCCGAGCAGGGCGACACCGUCGCGCUCGUCCUCUUCUCCGGGGUGCAGUACUACACCGGGCAGCUCUUCGCGGUCGCGGAGGUCACCGCCGCGGCGCGCGCCGCGGGCUGCGCCGUCGGCUGGGACCUCGCGCACGCCGCGGGCAACGUCCCGCUCCGGCUGCACGACUGGGGCCCGGACUUCGCCGUCUGGUGCACGUACAAGUACCUCAACUCGGGCCCGGGCGGCAUCGCGGGCCUGUUCGUGCACGAGCGCUGGGCGGACCUGCCCAUCCGCCAAGCGGGCUGGUGGGGCCACGACCGCGCGACGCGCUUCGCGAUGCCCCCGCGCUUCGCCGCGAUCCGCGGCGCGCAGGGCUUCCAGCAGUCGAACCCGUCCGCGCUCGCGACCGCGGCGCUGCUCGGCGCGCUCGCGCCCUUCGCCGCCGCGGGCUACAUGGCGCCCCUCCGCGCGCGCUCGCUCGCGCUCACCGGCCGCCUCGAGGCGCUCCUCCACCGCUCCCGCUUCUGGGUCCCCGUCGCGCGCGCGGCCGCGUUCGGCCAGGGCGCGAAGGAGGAGCAGCAGCAGAAGGUCGGGGUGACGAGCAUCACGCCCGCGGACCCGGCGCAGCGCGGGGCGCAGCUGUCGCUGCUGUUCGUGCCCGCCGGGCGCGGGGUGAUGCCCCGGGUGCUCGCGGGGCUCGAGGCGCGCGGGGUCAUCGUCGACGCGCGGAGACCGGACGUCAUCCGGGUCGCGCCUGCGCCGCUGUACAACACGAUGGAGGACGUCGAGCGGGCGGCGGCGGCGAUUGAGGAGGUUCUGGUGGAGGUGGACGCGGAGGGCUUGCCCCCGGUCGAGGCGGUGGUGGCGGCUGGUGGGGUAGAAGUUGAAGGGGCAUGA